AUGAAGAAAUGGGCGAACGCUAAGAAGAAGAAGAAGGAUCUGGACUUUGUACCAAACCAGACCAGUUUAUCAGCGGAACGUCCAGAUAUCGAGACAAGUGAAGAAACCUCUGAAGUAAACCAGAAGACGCAAUUUUGUGUUCUGGUCGCCGUACUUGCUGCAAUCGUAGUGGGGGGAGUGGUCAUCAUUUACGUAUUCAGAAGUUCACCCAUUACCAAGGAUGGUCCUGGGGAGUCCGCAUGCCAUGGUCCGACCUGCAGUGCCGCGGAAAAUAUAUUGAAGAACAUCAUGAACCAGAGCGCUGACCCUUGCAACAAUUUUUACAAUUUUGUGUGUGGAAACUACAAGAAUGACUCAGUUGACAUAUUCUCUAAAAUGACAUAUGAUAUACUGGACGCUGUUGAGAUGGGCUUAAAUCGCGCAGAAGUCAGGCGGAACGGACAAAGUGCCAUGGAAAAGGCAGCGCGUUUAUACACUGUUUGUAAAAAUCAGGGAGUGUCCGGAAUAGAUGACACCGAAGCUCUGAGGGCAUUCAUGAAUGAUACUGGCAUGACGCUAAUUUCAGAAAUAAUCGAAAUAACCAAAGAUAUUUACGAAGCUGAAACAAGAGCAGUCAUAGUUCUGGUUCUUGCCCAAGAGCAUAAAGACGACUCGGCUUUUGUCAGAGGGAGUGAAAUUCAUACUUUAACUCCAAACAUGCAAUCAAAAAGAUGGGGAUACCUGAUAUCAAACCACUCAGGAAACGUCUAUCAAAGCUCGGACCACGUUAGUGUGAACCUCAGAGCUCUGGCCUACAUCGACCUUCUUUACCAGCAAUUUGGAGAUGCCGGAAUGAACCUCCUUGUCGCUUGGGAAGUUCUUCGCCAACUGGCUCCGCUCGCAUCCCCCUCUAUCGCAAAUAUUCACUCGAAACAUUCUACAUCUGGACUAUGUUUGAUUGCCGUCAUCAAAGCCAUGGAAGUGCCAGCGUUAUCUGUGUAUUUAUACAGCGCCGUUCCAUCGGAGGCAAUACGCGCAACGAAUGUCAUGCUGAAGCGCAUUCAAGCCUCUGUAAUUGAAGGAAUAAAAAAAUCCAACUGGCUAGAUGCCGCCCCCAUGUCGGUCGCCUUACAAAAAGUGCAAGCAAUGACAAAGCACGUAGGAUACCCCACGCAUCUGCAGACUGAAGAAGCUGUGAAAGCAUUCUACGAACGCUAUCCGGAUGUUCGAGACAGCUUUCUUGGUCCUUGGUUGCAGGCACUAGAACGAAACAUGCAGUGGUGCAUCCGAGAUAAAGAACACUUCGUAUUCAAUCUCAUACCAGCCAACGCCUUCUACCUUCUAGUUCGAAAUAUUAUGGUCAUUAUGGCUUCGGUCAUACGGCCGCCCGUGUAUGUACUCAAUGGACCCGAGGCUUUCAACUUCGGAGGCCUUGGUCAUGUCAUGGGCCACGAGAUGAUGCACUCCUUUGACGUGGACGGCAGUCAGAGGGAUGCCACGGGAAAACUUACAGACUGGUGGACACCACGUUCCCGGCAGUAUUUUGAAAACAAGACACUCUGCUUGAGGAGGUCACACCAGACGGCCAUCCGACGCCAGGCAAGUUUGCUCAAUUCCACCCUCGACUCCGAGAACAUGGCCGACUUCCUUGGCCUCUCGUCCGCUCUCAAAGCGUUCCAGGAAUAUCCGGACAAUAAGCGCUUCCCCAGCCUGCCUUACAAUUCCAGGCAGAUUUUCUUCAUUUCAUCAUGCGUCAAAUGGUGCGCAGUUCCAGGAAGCCGAGUGGCACCUCAUUACGCGCCAUGGCAACAACGCUGCAACGUGCCACUCAUGAACUUGGACGCGUUUGCUAAUGCAUUCCAGUGCCCUCAGAAUUCGCCCAUGAAUCCUGCAAAUAAAUGUAGUUUCUGGUCUUAG